CGUACAGAUUUCCGACAGGAGCUUAGAAAUCUUUGUACGAAGUCCAAUUCUGUCAAAAUUCUGGAUUCUAGGGUUUCCACUGCCACUCCCCCGCCCACCAAAAUUUCCCAAAAUCCCCAAUUUAUUUAUGUUCAAUUGAGGUUGAAAUUUUAGCUAUGUUAUUAGAGAAAUGCUUGGGAGCUCAACGAUCGCGACGGAUCCAGAGAGCUCUCCGGCACUCCAAGGUCACGAUCCUCUGCCUCGUCCUCACGGUGGUCGUCCUUCGGGGCACGAUCGGAGCCGGCAAGUUCGGAACCCCGGAACAGGACUUCCUCGAGAUUCGCGACCACUUCUACUCCCGCAAGCGGGCGGAGGCCCACCGCGUCCUGGAGGAGGUCCACGCGACGCCGUCGGACCCCAACAACUACAACGCCUUCGAUAUUAAGAAGCUCCUUGUCGAUGAAGGUGAGGAGGAACAGCUCGACCCGAAUAAGCCAUACACUCUCGGACCCAAGAUUUCGAAUUGGGACGAGUUGAGGUCGAAAUGGCUGAGGGAAAACCCUAAUUUCCCAAAUUUCAUCGGGCCUGGUAAGCCCCGGGUGCUUCUGGUGACUGGGUCUUCGCCGAAACCCUGCGAAAAUCCGGUAGGUGAUCAUUACUUGUUGAAGUCGAUUAAGAACAAAAUUGAUUAUUGUAGAUUACAUGGGAUUGAGGUUUUUUACAAUAUGGCUCUUUUGGAUGCUGAAAUGGCGGGUUUCUGGGCUAAGCUUCCGUUGAUUCGGAAGCUCCUUUUGUCCCACCCGGAGGUUGAGUUUCUAUGGUGGAUGGAUAGUGAUGCAAUGUUUACAGAUAUGGCGUUUGAAUUGCCAUGGGAGAGGUACAAAGAUUCCAACUUUGUGAUGCACGGGUGGAACAAGACGGUUUAUGAUGAGAAAAGUUGGAUUGGGUUGAAUACCGGGAGUUUUUUGUUGAGGAAUACGCAGUGGUCGUUGGAUAUACUCGAUGCUUGGGCUCCGAUGGGACCGAAAGGGAAAAUCAGGGAGGAGGCCGGGAAGGUACUCACUAAGGAAUUGAAGGGUAGGCCGGUUUUCGAAGCUGAUGAUCAGUCAGCCAUGGUCUACAUUUUGGCCACUCAAAGACAGAAGUGGGGUGAUAAGGUUUAUCUUGAGAGUGGAUAUUAUUUGCAUGGAUAUUGGGGGAUUUUGGUUGAUAGAUAUGAAGAAAUGAUUGAGAAUUAUCGCCCUGGUUUGGGCGACCACCGGUGGCCACUGGUGACGCAUUUUGUAGGUUGCAAGCCGUGCGGAAAAUUAGCAGAUUACCCGGUUGAGAGAUGCUUGAAGCAGAUGGAUAGAGCUUUUAACUUUGGGGACAAUCAGAUUCUUCAGAUCUAUGGUUUCACGCACCGGUCAUUGGGCAGUAGAAGAGUUAAGAGAGUUAGGAACGAGAUAAACAAUCCGCUCGAGGUUAAAGAUGAACAUGGAUUGCUUCAUCCGGCAUUCAAGGCCGCCAAGGUAUCGUCUUCUUAGUUCACUCGUGUUACUAGGAUUUGUUACACUCUCUAUGUUUUCUGUAUUCCCUGUGCUAGUUGUGGAGAUAGUAUUCUUUUGUACCUUAUAAAUUUGCGUACCACUUCCGUUAUGAAAUGAGAGAGAUUAUUUAUUGU